CUCUCCCCUCCCCUCCUCUCCUCUCUCCUCCCAUCUCUCCUCUCCCUCCCUCUCUCUCCACCCCCUCCCGCCGCGCCCGCCUCCCGCCCGCCCUCUCUCUUUCCCCUCCCGCCCCAGCACUGCAGCAUUCGCCGCCUGCAGCUCCAGCAGCCGCCUGCGUCCCUCCGGUCUCCGCAGCGCCCGCCGCCAGCACCAUGGCCAGCACCGUAUCCGCCUACAAGGAGAAGAUGAAGGAGCUAUCCGUGCUGUCGCUCAUCUGCUCCUGCUUCUACACUCAGCCGCAUCCCAACACCAUCUAUCAGUACGGUGACAUGGAGGUGAAGCAGCUGGACAAGCGGGCCUCUGGCCAGAGCUUCGAGGUCAUCCUCAAGUCUCCGUCUGAUCUGUCUCCGGAGAGCCCUGUACUCUCCUCCCCGCCCAAGAAGAAGGACACCUCCCUGGAGGAGCUGCAGAAGCGGCUGGAGGCAGCUGAAGAGCGGAGGAAGACGCAGGAGGCGCAGGUGCUGAAGCAGCUGGCGGAACGGCGCGAACACGAGCGUGAGGUGCUGCACAAGGCACUAGAGGAGAACAACAACUUCAGCCGCCUGGCGGAGGAGAAGCUUAACUACAAGAUGGAGCUCAGCAAGGAGAUCCGCGAGGCGCACCUGGCGGCGCUGCGUGAGCGGCUGCGCGAGAAGGCUCCCCACCCCACUGUCCCACAGGAGCUGCACGCGGCCGAGGUGCGUAGGAACAAGGAGCAGCGGGAGGAGAUGUCCGGCUAAGGGCUCUGGAUGGUGCCUGGACCCUGAGGGAGACAGAGCACACUUGGGUUUUGGUUUUGUUUUGUUCCACUCUGUCUAAACACCACUUGUGUGCCCACUCCCUUCCCCUCCCCACACCCCCAGCCUCAUGCUUCUCUUCUGCACUUGAGCUGUCCCGUCCUUGUGGUAAGUCUAGACCACAGGCUUUUCCUGGAGCACCGGGUCAGCAGACACAGUCCUUCCGUUCCCACACUGGCCAGGCGGCGGCCAGGUUCCCUCUCAGUGGCCCUGUGAGUGGAUGUGGUGGUGACCCUAAUAAAUCCAGGGCAGUGGCGUGGACUUCUGGCUUUGCAGGUCCUUAUGCUGAGCUGUGGGUCGGCACCUCAUCAAUGAGGGCAGGUUCUCAGGCCUCUCCCCUGGGCAAGGGGCAAAGACUGUGGGGGAGGGGCUUCACACAGGGAAGGGGAUGUGGGGGGAGGGCUGGCCUUGGAGGAGGAGGGACCUGAGGAUCACUGGGCAAGUGGGGCAAAGGCUCCCUGUCACUGUGGCUGCCCCUUGGGGCCUGUGUAUGCAGCAGGGCUUUUUGAACUGUUGGGUGGGUGGUAGGGGCUGCUGCCCUCUUUAACGUGGUUGCACAGGUGUCCUCUGAGGCCACCUGGCCUGAAGUGGACACUCUAGGCCUUCCUGGGAGCCUGCAGUCAUCUCAGAGGGACUGGAGUUGGGGGCAUGGCCUGGCCUGAGUCUCUUGGGGGUGGGACCCGGGAGCAUGCUGCUGUGGUCUAGAGGGCUGUGGGCAGCAUAGCUGGCCCCCACUCAGCAGUAACAGCCUAGGCACCUGUGUGGGACAGUCCCACUGCCCUUCCCCCUAAGGGCUUUGCAUCCUCAGAGCUCUUGGGUCUUGGCCCCCUCCUGCCCCCUCUGCUCUGGUUGCAUGCUCUCCUGACCACUGGACUUUCAGGCAGGCACGGCCAGGUGUGAGUGGCGGCCAGUCCUUGGCAGGGAGCUCUAAGGGAGGUUCCACAGGACCAGCUGUCCACAGAUUCUGAUAUUGGGAGGGCAGUGGGCAGGGUUUCCAAACUGCCCCCCACCCCUGCCCCCAAAGUCUAUCUUUGAAAUUCGAGGGGCCAGUGGGUCAGGCAGGAUCUAGGCCUCUUCUGCCAACAAGCCCCUGGGUUGGGUCCUAAUCCUCCCUCAUGUUGACCUUUGGAAAUGAUGCCUGCCUGGGCUUGAGGAGUCCUGUCUCUGUAUCCCUGCAGCAUCGCCCCUCCGUGGUCUGUGCUGUCUGCUCAGGGCACAGUGUGAGGAGGACAGACACAUUCUCUCAUGACCCAGAAGCUAAGGGCUGCAGCCCUGGGCCCUCAGCAGCCACCCUGCCAGAAAUCCACAGUAGGGGUCACUGGCAGCCAGAGAGCAAGUAGACACUGAUUCCUGUGGCAGGCUUGGGAGUGAGCAGGGACCCACUAGGACAGCCAAAGGGAGCAACACACCGGGACUGGAACCCGGUGGCCUCCAAGUGACUUUCCUGGGACUCAGAAAGGAAACCAAGGACUGGGGGCUUUUCUGGCACGGCGCUCACGUGGAAGCCUGGCGUGACAUGCACCCAUCUCACCAUGUAGUAAAGUGACUUGUAGUUCAAAUGAACAAUUAAAAAACCUGUGUGUAUAAGAAAUGGUUGAACUGUA